UCGGUGAUCAAAAGUGAUGGCACCAUUGCAUUGGGUUGCAAUCGUUCUCUCCUUUGUAGCAAGUAUUCAAAACUAUGCAGGCCAUAUGGAAGCAUCAGCUGACAUAGGCGUUUGCUAUGGAAUGCUAGGGAACGACCUGCCUUCUGCACCAGAAGUGAUUAGCCUCUACAAACAAUACGGGAUUGAAAAAAUGAGGCUUUUCGAACCUAACAUCGCAGCACUCCAAGCGCUGAAAGGAAGCAACAUCAAUAUCACCCUGGACAUUCGAAACCAAGACUUAGCAGAUUUGGCAGCAAGUCAAGAUGCCGUGAACUCAUGGUUUAAUACCAAUGUAGAACCCUACCUAAAUGACAUUAACUUCAACUUCAUUGCUGUUGGUAAUGAGGUUAUUCCUGGUUCCUUGGGAGGGUAUGUCUUGCCUGUAAUGAAUUAUCUACAAAAAAUCCUCGACGAUAAAAACUUACACGGUAUUAAAGUGACAACCGUUUUGCCCGGAAAUGCCUUACAAUCUUCCUAUCCGCCUUCGAGUGGUGCUUUCACAUCAGAAGCAAGCAGUGUUUUGAGUGGCAUUCUUUCAUUUUUAUCCGCGAAAGGGUCACCCCUUAUGAUCAAUGUGUAUCCUUACUUCGCCUAUGCAUCAGACCCUACGGAUGUACGCUUGGACUACGCGCAAUUCACUGCAAAAAGCGCCGUGGUUCGGGACGGGUCGUUGAGCUAUUACAACCUGUUUGAUGCCAUGGUUGAUGCUUUUUUCGCGGCAAUGGAGAAAGCCGGAAGGGGUGAUGUCGGUGUUGUGGUGUCAGAGAGUGGUUGGCCUUCAGACGGGAAUGGAAAUUUCACCACUCCAAAACUUGCAGGGACAUAUAACAGGAAUUUUGUGAAACACAUAACCUCGAAAGUAGGGACUCCAAAAAAACCUGGUGCUUACAUUGAAGGGUACAUUUUUGCCAUGUUCAAUGAGAAUCAGAAACCUAGUGGCGUGGAGCAACAUUGGGGACUUUUUUAUCCUAACAAGCAACCUGUUUACCCUGUAUUUUAA